CGCCGCGCCGGGCAGGAAGAUGGCGGGAUCGGUGGCCGACAGCGACGCCGUAGUGAAACUAGACGAUGGGCAUUUAAACAACUCCUUGAGCUCUCCAGUUCAAGCCGACGUGUACUUCCCACGACUGAUAGUUCCAUUUUGUGGGCACAUUAAAGGUGGCAUGAGACCAGGCAAGAAGGUGCUAGUGAUGGGCAUCGUAGACCUCAACCCAGAGAGCUUUGCAAUCAGCUUGACCUGCGGUGACUCGGAAGAUCCUCCUGCCGAUGUGGCAAUCGAACUCAAAGCUGUGUUCACAGACCGGCAGCUACUCAGAAAUUCUUGUAUAUCCGGAGAAAGGGGUGAAGAGCAGUCAGCGAUCCCUUACUUUCCGUUCAUCCCAGACCAGCCAUUCAGGGUGGAAAUUCUCUGUGAACACCCACGUUUCAGAGUGUUUGUGGAUGGACACCAACUUUUUGAUUUUUACCAUCGCAUUCAAACAUUGUCUGCCAUCGACACCAUAAAGAUAAAUGGGGACCUCCAGAUCACCAAGCUUGGCUGAUGUUAAACCACCUCAAUUUCAAAAAGGACCACGUGCCGCAACUAUCUGACUAUUGGUCUGGAAGAAGUGUCCUAGCAAGAUCUGGAGACUUGAAAAUAAAACAAGACAAAUAGCAAGCUUCACUGUCUCUUUUUCUGUGCAGUCUAAGCCCAAAGUGACAGCUUCAACCAUGGUUUGCCCUUGAAAAAAAAGCUGUUGGGACAAAGACAUCGAGCCAUUAUUCCCAGAACAAAGUAAUAUACAUGUAUGCUGGAUUUUAUUCAGACUAAACUAAAAUGGACUUGUGAUGAUUUGUGAUUUGGUAGCAAAUUAUUCAUCUUUUCAAAGCAAGGUGUUGCUUAGAAACAGAAGUGCUAAAGACACUAAAACAAUAACAACAACGGUACACCGAAAUGAACGCAUUUCUGCACUGACGUGGAAUUGUGUAGCACAACUAACAUUUUAGUCAGGGUAUUUACAUAGAAUGUAGGUUGUUCAAGUUUUGUUUGUUCUUUCUGUUUUGUUUUUGUUUUGCACAGCAUAAUGUUAAUUCAGAUUGUUGAAGCUUUCUUGUAGUUAUUUAUUUAUACUCAAGUAUGUAUUAGAGAAUGAGCAGUGUCUCAAGAACAGCAAACUAUAAACUUUUGAAUGUACAAAUAUCUUAGGUCCAAGGGGGAAAAGUAUGUAUUACAAUUAUGAAACAGGUGAAUUUCUACCUAAAAGAAUUGGGUCAUAUUCUUCAUACCCCUAAACUUAGGAUCUUUUGAUAUAAAUUGCUGUAAGUGCUUUUGGGAAAACUUUGCAACAUUUCGAUAAACUGCUUUUCAAGUUACAGUAUUGUUGAUUAUGUAAAAUUCUAUUUACAUUGCUUUUUCUCUUUACUGUGAAUUAGCACAGUAUUGGCUACCUUAAGACUAAUUAACUACUUCUCCCUAGGUUUGUAUAAUAGCUCAUUGAGUUGUUAUUAAAUUAAUUGCAAACACAUAAGAGGUGAUUGCAGAGACAAUUUUUAAAAUGACUAUUACAUAAAACUUUAAAAAGAAUAAUUUGAAAAUGAUUAUGGAAUGCAGUGUAAAGCAGAAGCAAAUGGCCCUGAAUAACUUACUUAGAAGUAAUUUAUAUCAACAUAAGCUGUUAGCUCAUUGUAUAACUUUUCUUAUGUGACCCUCACCAAUAUCCCUAAGUAAUGCCUUUGGAGCUUCAGAGUAGAAGAUGCUUCCUACUGUGUUGACUGUGAGACAGUAGGAUUAGAUGGGAUCCAGAUUAGGACAUAAUGCAGUCAGUUUAUCUGAAAGGUGAACUCCCAGGACUCCAAGUCUUUGAGUCCAGCCAAUAGUGUAGAUGCUUCCAGUUAAGCUGUAGGUGUUUCCCUUCACAUGUGGAACUGAUCAAACAGCAGGGUGACUCCAGCAGGAGGCUGCAGUACUGUGACCAUCACAAGGCAGAGAAUGGUUGGAGUACUGGAUGCUGGAUUUCACGAGCUGCACUGGCCCUGGAGAGAAGGACCCUUGGCAUUGCUUUGGUCAGGUAGUGGGGGAAGACAGGGGUACUGGGGUGGGGGUGUAUUUAUAUAUAAUUUAGGUUUUGUUUGUACAGCAUACUAUGUCUUGUAAUGACACGUCCUUGUCCUGCUUUGCUUUUGUGUUUUUUAUACAACAUGCAGGGGCACUGAAGUGGUAAUGUCAUUUUCAGGUGUCAAGAAUGUAGACAGUGUUUCAGUACCAAAGUCUAAGACAAAGCAAACUAAAAUUGUGAAUUUUUUGUAGAUGAUAUAUAUAUAUUUGGAUUCUUCUCAACUUUGAACCUGUUUGGCACUGUUCCAUAGUGUGAUAUGUAUAUAAAGAUAUUGUGUCCAGCGAGACCAGCUCCAAGGAAAACUUUAUGUACCAGCUGACUUAAUUCAGCCAUAUACAGCCAUGAGGGCUGUUCUGUGGCUCUAGGUGUCUUGAAGCCUAUGGUUAACUUCUCAUGGCUUGUCUCUAAAAAGUUUGAGGAGUGUUUGUAGAGAGACUUAAAGAACACCCUAAAAUAUAUUUGUAAUAGUUUUGAUUCAGCCUAUGGUGGAAGACCCCCUAGAUGGACCCUUUCAAGUGGCCAACCAUUCCCACCUACUGCAUAAUUCAGUGGAAACUAGAGGAGCAGGGAGUAUAACUGAUUGGAAUUGACACUCUUGUUCUCUCUACCUAUCAGCUAACUCAUUAGCAGCCAAGCCCUUCGGCAACAUAGUGCGAAAAUAGAGUGUUAACUCUGUUUUUCAGUGAGGUCAGUGGAACCUCUUGGAUAAAUCAGUUGGGAUUCAUCUAAACAGUAUGAUGAUUUGAUUCAGGGAUAGCUAAAUUAGCAGGGGAUUCAUCCAGUUGUACUAAAUGGUUAGCUAUAAACUGGAAACACCCUCUCCUGGGCCUGUGAGGUCUAAAGUGAGAAUUUCAGGAUGGAAAGUGCAAUUUAAAGCUUCACAGGAAAGUAUUUGGGUAUGUAAGGAGUUUUUUCUGACCAGAGCCCUUGUUUCACAAUAACCAAAAUCAAGAAAUAUAAAUAACAAUCAGGCUCUGGGGGAAUAGAAGGCAGGCUGUAGACAAUCUGUCCGUUUCUAUAGCAGAAUUGGAGUGAAUGUGUGUAUCUACUUAAAAUGUUAAUAUAAGUGACUUCUACUUUUUGGGCUAUCCCAGAAUUGUUUUUAAAAUAUUAUUUUUUUAAAUUUUGAAACCCCAUUUCAAAUCUUGCUAAUUUCAGUUCAAAACUCCCUGGGGGCUCACUUUUAGAAUUGAUGAUUUGUUAAAAUGGUAAAUCAUUUAAUUUGCAUUAAAAAUAAUAUCCAAAAAGAGGGAGGUAGCCCUAUUGCCUUGAGAGAAACAGCCUUGGCAUUUUCUGGCAUUGAUGUAGAAAUAAUGUUCCUAUGAUGACAUAUUUUCAAAGAAACACUUUCUUAUUUACUGCGUGGUGUAAAAUGUGCUAAAUGUGUUGUUACAUUAUGUCACUGCUGAAAGUUAUUUGCACUAUAAUAAAGGAAUUUUCUACAAAAU